AUGACAGAUAUAACCCCACAGCAAUAUCUUGAGUUAAGUCAAAAAAUUGAUCAAUUACAAAAAAUGGUUCAGUCAAUCCAAACAUCUGUUAAUUCUUUAAUCCAAAUAACAGAAAUACAAAACACAUUACCAAAAACUAUUGAAAAUAUUGUCAAAGCUACAUUUAAUAAAUACCUUGUUCUUCCAGAAGACUACGAUGCUUCAAUUCAAGAGAUGAUUGAUAAAAAAAAUAAGAACAUUUCUACAAGAAGUUCAUCGUCUUAUAAAGACACAGAACAUAAACAACAAGAAGUCAAACAAAGCUCUUCUUCUAUAAAUCAAAAUAGUGUGAAAGAAGAACCAAAAAAAGUGUUACAAAUAUUACCAAUACUACCAAAAGAAAAGAGAUCAGCUAUUACAGAAAUUUGUGAAAUUCCAGACAAACAAACAACAUUUGGAAUUAAUGGAGGGGUAAUAGUUGUUUAUGACCGUAAAGAUGGAGUAAUUGAAUUAAACGAAAGUAAAAACAUUCUUGCAAAUAUUCCAAAUGAAAUUGUUAAUGAUAUUGGAUUUACAGAAAAUGGAACUCUUUUACUUGGAACGGAUAAUGGAAUUAUUACAUCAAAAGAUGAAGAAGUUAAUAAAGUUAAUAUUUCUGCUAAAUCAUGCUGUGAAUUUAUGGGUCAAAUAGUAAGUGUUUGUCCACAUGGAUUAACUUAUAAAGAUGGAGAAGAGAGAAAGACAUUAAAACAAAUAAAUUCGAAAAUAGAAUUUAAAGAUCCUAUCAAGGUUAGAGCAAGUCAUGAUUAUCUCUUUGUAAAUGAUAGUGAAACAAAAAUAUUAUCAAUUUUUAAUUCUUCUUUUAAAAUAAUAAAAGCAAUCAAUAGUACUAAAUUUAUUGAUUUCUGUAUUAUUUCAGAUAGUCAAAUAGGUGUUAUUUUCGAUAAGAGUAUUCGUAUUAUUAAUAUUGCAGAUAAAUCAUUAUUUGUUGAAAAAGAAAUUAAAUUAGAAAAAGAAGGAACAAAGAUUUCACUUGCUAGGAUAGAAUGUGUUAAUAACCAAACUGACCCUUAUUUAGUUGCUCUUGGAAAUGAUUGUAAGACUCUUUAUAAAAUUCCUCUUGCUUUCUUCAAAUCUUCCUCAAAAAAAUCAAAAUAA